AUUUGUCGUUGCCCCGCCCUCCUCCUCGACUGCGACUCGGCCCCCAUGACAGCACCCACCCGUUGCUGACAAAAGGGCGCCAUCAAAACCGAGGCGGCACCGGGCUCUCUGACAUCCGAGCGCGGGUCGCCAACAAAGAGCGUGUGGGGUUCAUAUUCAGGAGCAUCAGCCGGAUCCGCAUCAGCAACGGGCGAUCAGGCAUCGCAACGACCCAGAGACCCCAGGCUUCUCGCUGGCAUCGCUGAGCACUCACCAGACUCGCUUUCGGCAACCCCUCGCUCGUCUUCUCGAUCCAUCUGUCAAGCGACAUGGCAACACCAACCCCAGAAACGAUUGCUACCCGCAACCAAGAGCUGCUCCAGUGCUGGGACAACUUUGCCAACGACUUUCGGCACUACGAAAAGAUCAUGCAGCAGUCCUGGCGACCACUGCUCAGCCACAUGGACCUCGGCUCGGCCCGCAGCAUCCUCGAGGUCGGAUGCGGGCGCGGCGAGUGUGCCAAGGCCAUCCUGGGCAUGGCCCCGUCCGGCUGCAGCGUCGUCACGUCUGACUUUUCCUCCGAGAUGAUCAAGGCAGCUACUGCCGCUCUCGAGGCCCAUGACGCCCUGCCAAACCCUGGCAGGGAGGGCCAGCUGCGGAUCGAGCAGAUGAGUGCCCUGGAUCUGCACAGCGUCCCCACGGCCUCGAUCGAUCGGUACAUCGCCAACAUGCUCCUGCACCUCGUGCCCGACCUGGACGGCAUGCUGCGCGAGACUCGCCGUGUCCUCGAUGCCAAGACCGGCAUCGCCGGAUUCACCAUCUGGGGCGACCGAGCGCAGAGCCUGGUCUUCAGCCUCCGCCCGGGCCGAGAAGACAGCCCCAACUUUGACGCCGGCCGUGAUCUGGAUGCACUCGCUCGACGAAUCCAUGCCGCCGGCUUCUCCAAGGUGCGCAUGUGGCGCCAGCCAUGCAUCUUUGAGCUGUGGGACCCCGAACGGGUGGUCGAGUUCUGGAUGCACUCGGAGGGCAAGACGAUCCAGGACACUGAGUGGCUCCAGGAGGCCCGCAAGCGAACCACCCGGGCAAUCUGUGACGAGGGCAAGCCGAUUGGGCUCGAGGCCGUGAUCAUCCUCGCGAUGCCCUGAGCACCGAUCUGCGGGAGGAGACAUGGAUGAGAGCAGUCCAUGGAAAUACAGUCUCGAUCCAUGGAAAUACAGUCUCGAUCCAUUGAAAUACAGUCUCGAUC